GCAUUAUGGCCGCGUGGUUCUUUACUCUAUGGCGUGGUUCGGUUUGCAAUUUCGGAAUUUCGGUACGAUUUUAACAAGUACUGUGCUCGAAUUGGUAUGUGUAAAGUAGUGUGUGUGUGUGUUGUAAAGACGACGACACGUUUUGUCUAUCAAGUACGAAAGCCCACGCUCGCAGUCGUGACGUAGUACCUUACAAUGAACUUCACAAGUUGCGUUGAACUGCUGCACGACGAUUCCGGCGACGUUCCCUGCUGCGAUCACGGACCUGGGCUGCUUUUUAGACGACUAGGAAUUUCCUGCAAAAAUGACGGGCGCAUUUUCUACGCCUGCUCCGCGUGUCGGCGACGCAAGGACUGCCAAUUUUUCGUCUGGAAGGAGGAAGCCUCGCGCUGCAACUUCAAUUGGAACGCUGUGAAACGACGCGUCUUGCCCGAUUUGACGCACCAUCAACUGCACGAGAGGUUUCUGGAGCUGCUGAAAUGCAAGCCGUGCGAGCGACACUUCUGCUGCCGCAAGCUGCUGUCGAAGGAGGACGCGAGGAAACACCACUUCGAGCACUCCUUCACCAACCCGGUUUCGGACGACGACUUGCGGCGGCCUAGCCGGCUCCUGCACGCCGACGUGAACAACGCAACCAAGGCUCAGUACUUCUUCUCCAACUCCAGCACUCUUUUCGUCGUCGACACGCUAAAACGACUGAACUUCGACCGCGUCCUUUGCGUUGGGACGCCAACUCUGCACGAACACCUCAGGGAACACCGUCCCGACGUGAAAAGCCUGCUUCUGGACAUCGAGCAAGCGUACGAGCAGUUCUACGGUCCCGACGAGUUCUGCUGGUUCAACAUGUUCAACAACUUUCACUUUCGCGGUGAGCAGUCGGAGACGGUGGUCAGGGACAGACUGGCUACCGGUAGCCGGUGCGCAGUCGUCGUCGACCCUCCGUUCGGUGGUCUCGUCGACGCCGUCGCCAGGACGCUGGACCAGAUCACCGAGCAGGCGGCCGCUCUGGGCUGCGAGCUGAACUUGUUCUGGUUCUUUCCGUAUUUCAACGAGAAGCGCAUCGUGAAGGCCCUGCCUCGACUGCGCAUGCUCGACUACGCCGUCGACUACGAGAACCACGCCACAUUUAACGGAGCCCACGGCAAACGGCGCAAGGGUUCGCCCGUGCGGAUCUUCACCGACGUACCCUUGGGACAGAUACCGCUUCCGGAAAGCGGAUACGCGUUCUGCGCGCAGUGCGACCGAUGGGUAGCUCGUCACAACAAACACUGUGCCGUGUGCAACGACUGCCCUUCUAAAGACGGCGGACCGUAUAGGCACUGCGAACGGUGUGGCGUGUGCGUAAAGCAGGCAAACGAGCACUGCCAGGUGUGCAACAAGUGCCUCCCACCUGGUCACGACUGCCAGUCGAAAGGCGUCACUUGCUUUGCUUGCAAGCAGCCCGGCCACAAAAGCACGGAGUGCACACAAAGACCCACUGUAGAGAGUACGAAUUCGAAAAGGAAGCUCAGUGGCGACAUUCCUCAACGUAAGAAAAAGAAGCGAUAAUAGUGUCAUUGGUGGGGGGGGGGGGAGUCAUUUCAUUAUGCACUUCGAAGACUGAGUAAUAAAUGCGUUGACAGUAACACUUACCGGGACCCA